AUGGAGUUUUGGCUCAUCGUCGUCUUCUCCCUCUGUCUCUGUCUUUUCCUUAGAGUUUUCUUCAAUUUUCUUUCCCUCUCACUCCCCUCCUCUCCCCCUGGCCCUCCUCGUGUUCCUCUCAUCGGUUCUCUUCGGUUUCUGCGCAAACCAUUCUCAGAACUUGAACCCAUUCUUCGAAAUCUUCAUGCCAAAUAUGGCCCCAUCAUCUCUCUCCCAGUCGGUUCUCGUUCUGCUAUAUUCAUCUCCAAUCGAUCUCUCGCCCACCAAGCCCUUAUUCAGAACGCCGCCGUCUUCUCCGACCGCCCCAACACCCUCGCCACCAGUAAGAUCUUCAACAGUAACCAACAUAACAUCAGCUCUGGUUUCGACGGUCCCACUUGGCGCUUGCUCCGUCGUAACCUCAUCCACGAGUUUCUUAACCCGACCCGAAUCAAAUCCUUCUCAGGUACUCGUAAACGGUUGUUAGCCACUUUCCUCGAUCGCCUCAAAUCUGACUCAGAAUCAGGAAAAUCCAUUACGGUUAUUGACCAUCUUCGACGUGCUAUGUUUUGUUUACUGGUGUCCAUGUGCUUCGGUGAAGGAUCAAACGACAAAAAAAUCGAGGAGAUUGAAGAUGUUCAGCGUCGUUUAAUGUUGAACUUGCACGGCUUCAACAAGCUAAAUUUCUGGCCAAGUGUCACUCGUAUAUGGUUUCAUAAGCAUUGGGAAGAACUGUACCAAAUUCGGAAGAAACAAGAAGAUGUUUUGAUUCCAUUAAUAAGAGCGAGAAAGAUAGCAAAGGAGGAAACUUUGAACAAAGCCAAUGAAGCUGUGGUUUCAUACGUGGAUACACUGUUUGAUUUGCAGCUACCAGAUGAGAAAAGAAAGCUUAAUGAAGAUGAACUUGUUUCUAUAUGUUCUGAAAUAUUGAUUGCAGGAAGUGAUACAACAGCGACGGCCUUAGAAUGGAUUCUGGCAAAUUUGGUGAAGUACCCAAAAAUCCAACAAAGGCUUGGAAAGGAAAUAAGAGAUGCGGUGGGUGAGAGAGAUAAUAAGGAAACAAAAGUGAGAGAGGAAGAUUUGAUGAGAUUGCCAUAUCUGAAAGCUGUAGUUUUGGAGGGACUAAGGCGGCAUCCACCUGGAUAUUUUGUGUUGCCACAUGCAGUUUCAGAGGAUUUUCUUCUCAACGACUAUCUGAUUCCUAAGAAUGGGGCUAUAAACUUCAUGGUGGCUCAGAUUGGGUUGGAUCCAGAGGUGCGGGAAGAUCCAAUAGAAUUCAAACCAGAGAGGUUUUUGAGUAGUGAGAGAAAUGACGGUGAAGCGUUUGAUAUUACUGGAAGGAAAGAGAUUAAAAUGAUGCCAUUUGGGGUGGGAAGAAGAAUGUGCCCAGGAGAUGUUCUGGCAGUGCUUCAUGGGGAGUACUUUGUGGCAAAUCUGGUUUGGAGUUUUGAGUGGAAGGUUUCAAAUAGUGAAGUUGAUUUGUCUGAAAAACAAGAACUGCCUGUCAUUAUGAAGAAUCCAUUACAGGUAUAUUUAUCUCCAAGGUUUUAG